AUGAGUUUCCGCCCAUUUGUAGCAGGGAUUGGUAGUUUCGGCUUGGGAAGUUGCGUUAUAGCUAGUUUUUGGCGCAAUCCGUUUGGUCAUAGUACUCAAGAGAAAAGCACAAAUGGUCCAAGUCUACCAAAUAGUACAGAAAAUUCAAGAGUUCCCGGAAAAAGCAGUGGCUCUGAUGGAUUAAGUCCUGGAAACGGAUCUAAUGUAAAUCCCAGCGGUUUUUUCAAAUACGGUUUUCCUGGACCAAUUCACGAUCUUCGCAACCGCGAAGAGUUUGUUUCGUGCUACGAUCGUCAAAACCGGAUUCCAUACUGGGUUGUUGAGCACAUAACGCCCCAAUCUCUCAAAAACAAGUCUGGAGAUCGUAAAAACUCAUUUUUUAAGGAAGACGAAGCCUUGCCAGAUACUUUUAGAUCUCGUCUUAAGGAUUACUUUCGUUCUGGUUAUGAUAGAGGCCAUAUGGCACCUGCAGCUAAUGCAAAAUUCUCACAACAAGCAAUGGAUGAGACUUUUUAUUUGACGAACAUUUGCCCUCAAGUUGGUGAAGGAUUCAACAGGGACUAUUGGGCCCAUUUAGAGUACUUUUGCCGACAAUUGACUCAAAAGUAUCAAAGUGUCAGGAUCGUUACUGGACCAUUGUUUUUACCCAAGAAAGAUCCUGUUGACGGGAAAAUGAAGAUUUGUUACGAAGUUAUUGGUAAUCCACCUACAAUUGCCGUACCCACGCAUUUCUACAAACUGAUUGUUGCCGAAAAUCCUAAUUCGGGUUCAAGCACCGACGUAGUUGCUGUUGGCGCGUUCGUAUUGCCUAAUGAUAAAAUCUCAAAUGACACUAAACUGACAGAUUUCGAAGUACCAGUUGACGCCAUUAGUAGAAGCACCGGUUUACAAUUUUUACAAAAGUUGCCAGAAAACAAGCGUGUUGAACUGUGUAAGCAAGUUGAAUGUCGUAUUGUUGUCAGGGAGUUUAACAAAGCUAUAGCUGAACCCAAAAAGUACCCAUCCUUACCACCUCCCCGUAGUUCGUCUUAA